ACGUUGCUCUUCGUCCCGCGCCGCGACGUGCGGAGGCGGGAGGCUCGAGGUCCUUGCAGCGGUCCGGGAAACCAUGGAACCUGAAACCUUCCAUCAUUCAACAGUUAAAAACAAAGACUAUCAAAAAGUUUGGUCAUCACCUUCAGAUCCUGCGCAUUUUGAAGUGGAUGCCUCUCAUGAAAAAUUAGAAGGUGUGUUCAAAGCAAAUACCAUGAAUUUCAGCAGUUUUUCUCAAGACUUAACUCACUCACAUUUUCCCUUGUGUAUGGAUACCAACAGUACCACUUCAGACUCGCCUCAGAGUGAAAUAAAGAAUGUAAAAAGGGAAGAUGAAUCUAAACUCACACUUUCCAGAGAUAUUUAUGGCACACUAGACGAUGGAUUAGAUGAUGUCACCACUGGAAGUGACUCACAGAACUUACUAACUCAGCCAGUUGACACCAGCCUUUCUUUCUUCAGACAAUUUGAACCCAUUUGCAAAUUUCAUCUCACAGAAGCAUUUAAUACUGAAACAAUAACAUUUCAAAAUCUGACAGAAGGCUUACCUUACACAGAGAAACCAGAAAUGCAAAGUCAUGUGUGUAAUUGUCCAAAAGACACUAAUAUAAAGGAAGAUUCGUUUAAGGAAGAAAAUUCAGUGGGAACUGAAUUUAGCACCUCCACAAAGGAAGAGCAGCUUGCUCAUGAAUGUGUCAGACAACUUUCUAGAAGCCCACCUCUGGUCCAUAGCAGUGGAGAGACACUGAAAUUCACGGAAAUGUCACCAGCUAAAAGUGCUGCCACAGAGGCUGCACUCAAACCUAGUCAAACUCAAAGCUUCUUGUAUACGGAAAAUGUACACAGUGAUGUUAAAAAACCUUUUGACAAUGAGAAUAACUUUAACUUCCUUGAUCUGAGAGCUAAUUAUACAACAGAGGAGAUUAUAGUGUCUUCGAAGGGAGUACAGAGCUUUGAGGAUGUUCCUGACAUGCCAGACUGUUGCCAAAAGGAAGCUGCCCUGGAGGGCCUGGCCAGUCCAAGGAUUGCCUCACCUUGGUUUCCUGCAGGCAUUCCUUGGAGCGGUGGAGCACCUCUGGGUGAUGGCAAGAUGCCUGACACAGAGCAGGAAUUGGAAAGCUUGCAAUCUCUGGAAGAGGAGAUGGCUUACAAAGUCUCGGGGAAAUUAGAGCAUACUAAUAGAAAGCAGCAAAGCCAGAUCCAAGACCUGCAGAGUAGCAACAAAUAUCUAGAGAGGAAGGUGGAGGAGUUACGGAUGCAGGAUACCAAACAGCAGGUGUUCGUGGAUAUCAUAAAUGAGCUGAAGGCCAAGGUGGAGGAAUUAAUUGAGGACAAAUACAGAAUGAUGCUGGAGAAGAGCGACACCAACAAGACACUGCAGAAUUUGCACAAGGUCUUAACUCACACCCAAAAUCGUCUUCAGGAAGUGAAGAAUGAAAAGGAGACCUUGCAGCUGGAGCUUAAGAGGAUCAAGGGCAAUUUUGUUCACCUACAGGAGAAGUACAUGACGGCAGUGCAACAGAGAGACAAAACCGUCAGCCUGUGCCUACAGAUGAACAGAACCAUAAGCGAGAAAGAAGAAGAGGUUGAGAGGCUGCAGCAACUGAAGGGAGAGCUGGAAAAGGCUACCACCUCCGCUCUGGACUUGAAAAGGGAGAAAAAGACCCUCGAACAAGAGUUCCUAUCUUUACAGGAGGAACUUCAGAAGCACAAGAAGGAAAACCUGGAAGAAAGGCAGAGCCUGAAAUUGAGGCUUGAGAAGCUUCUCACUCAGGCCAUCACCAUUCCUGAUGCUGAACAUUUCAAAGAGAGCAAGAAAGUUAGUGAUAUAAUGCUACAAAAAUUGAAGCACUUGUAUCUUAAAAAGGAAAAUUUAGAUAAAGAGGUACUGGAACAUAGAGCCAAAAUCACAGCUUUUAGAGAGUUAAUUGCAAAAGAAAAAGCAUUUCAAGAUCAGAUUAUUGAGCCAUGCUGCCUUGUUAUUCUGAGUGAUCUUCCAUUUCAUUGCCUAUUCGUCGUGGACUGUAAUCUACAGACUUUGAGGACACUUGUCAGUAUCCUUUUCAGUAAUAUAUUCACCAUUUACCAUCAUCCAUAG